AUGGGCUAAGCCAGGCACACAGUGCCAGAGAAGAUGCCCUCCUGGGCCCUCUUGGCGGUCACCUCCUGCCUCCUCCUGGCCCCCCAAAAUCUGGCACAAGUCACCAACCAAGAUGCCUCCUUUCUGGCCUCGGAUUCAGAGCCCCUGAACUGUUUCUCUCGAACAUUUGAGGACCUCACUUGCUUCUGGGAUGAGGAAGAGGCAGCACCCAAUGGAACAUACCAGCUGCUGUAUGCCUACCCAGGGGAGAAGCCGCGUGCCUGCCCCCUGAGUUUCAAGAGCGUGCCCCCCUUUGGAACCCGAUACGUGUGUCAGUUUCCAGCCCAGGAUGAAGUUCGCCUCUUCUUUCCACUGCACCUCUGGGUGAAGAACGUGUUUCUGAACCAGACUCUGACCCAGCGUGUGCUCUUUGUGGAUAGUGUAGGCUUGCCAGCUCCCCCAGAUAUCAUUAAGGCUUCAGGCGGGAUCCAGCCAGGGGAACUUCAGAUCAGCUGGGAGACCCCAGCUCCUGAAAUCAGUGAUUUCCUGAGGCAUGAACUUCGCUAUGGCCCCAAGGAUCCCAGGAAUUCCAUUGGUCCCACAGUCAUGCAGCUGCUGCCCACAGAAACCUGCUGUCCAGUUCUGCAGAGACUAAACCUGGUCCCAGCUCUGCACCAGCCUCCAUGUGCUCAGCCCAUGAUGCCCCAACAGGAUGGACCAGAGCAGACGUCCCCAACUAGAGAAGCUUCAUCUCUAACAGUGAGGAGUGGAAGCUGCCUCAUCUCAGGGCUCAAGCCUGGUCAAUCCUACUGGCUGCAGCUGCGCAGCCAACCCGAUGGGGUCUCCCUCCUUGGUUCCUGGGGUUCCUGGUCCCUCCCUGCAACCGUGGACCUGCCUGGAGAUGCAGUGGAAAUUGGACUGCGGUGCUUUACCUUGAAUCUGAAGAAUGUUACCUGUCAGUGGCAGCAACAGGACCAUGCUAGCUCCCAAGGCUUCUUCUUCCACAGCAGGGCACGGUGCUGCCCCAGAGACAGGGACCCCAUCUGGGAGAAGUGUGAAGAGGAGAAGAAUCCAGGAUUACAGCCCUCCCAGUUCUCCCGCUGCCACUUCAAGUCACGAAACGACAGCGUUAUUCACAUCCUUGUGGAGGUGACCACAGCCCAGGGUGCUGUUCACAGCUACCUGGGCUCCCCUUUCUGGAUCCACCAGGCUGUGCUCAUCCCCACUCCAAACUUGCACUGGAGGGAGGUCUCCAGUGGGCAGCUGGAAGUGGAAUGGCAACACCCAUCAUCCUGGGGAUCCCAAGAGACCUGCUAUCAGCUCCGCUACACAGGAGAAGGCCAUCAAGACUGGAAGGUGCUGGAGCCGCCUCUCGGGGCCCAGCGGGAGACCUUGGAGCUGCGCCCGCGCUCUCGCUACCGCCUACAGCUGCGCGCCAGGCUCCACGGCCCCACCUACCAAGGGCCCUGGAGCGCCUGGUCAGAGCCGGUACGAGCAGAGACCACCUCCGACUCGGCUUGGAUCUCGUUGGUCGCCGCUCUGCUCGUGGUGCUGGGCCUCAGCGCCCUCCUGGGCCUGCUGCUGCUAAGGUGGCAGUUCCCUGCGCGCUACAGGAGCCUGAAGCAUGCCCUGUGGCCCUCCCUUCCAGACCUGCACCGGGUCUUAGGCCAGUACCUUAGGGAUACUGCAGCGCUGAGUCCGCCCAAGGCUGCAGUCUCGGAUGCUUUUGAGGAGGUGGAACCCAGCCCCCUUGAAAUUCUACCCAAGUCCUCAGAGAAGAUCUCCAUGGCCCUGUGUUCCUCCCAGGCCCAGAUGGACUACCGAGGAUUGCCCCCUUCUUGCCUGGGGACCAUGCCCCUGUGUGUGUGCCCACCCAUGGCUGAGUCGGGGUCCUACUGCACCACCCACAUCGCCAACCAUUCCUACUUACCUCUGAGCUGCUGGCAGGGCCCUCUCUCCCCGUACCCUGGACAGAUCCAAACUGGCCAGACCUCUUUUCCCAACCUCCCUACCCACCCCAUCCCCUCAACACAAACAUCUCAGACCUCACGUCCAUCCCCCUCUGUCUGUCCUCAUAGUUGGGCUCCCUGACACUGACAAUAUUUGGUACUGCUGCAGACAUAAAGCCAAGACUCUCCCUCCUCAUGCCAGGUUCACUUGACUAAGCUCCUCUAACUCACCUGCUUUUUCUCUCCUCCCUAAUGCUCCACUCCUUGAAAAGACAUCUCCACAUCCCCACUUCCCAUUUGAUCUUCAGACGGCUUCAGUUCAUUCCCUGUUUUGCUAAGGAAACAACUCGGGCAGGGUUCACGUCAAAUAUUGUGAUUGCAAGAUCUGGUAGGAUCUUGUCAAUCCUCAAUUUAUUUGAUCUCUCUGUGGCAUCUGUCAUCGUGACUACUCAUUCCUCCUUUAAAUUCUCUCCUACCUUGGCUUCUAUAGUAUCACCCUCUCUCCUGGCUCUGAGUAUACGAGUAGUUAAAAGCAUAAACUCUGGAGUCAGAGCUGGGUUCAAUUCCUCUCUUACCCACUUGCUAGCUGUGUGACCUUGGGCAUAUAACUUAAAGUCUUUGCACCCUGAUUUUCUCAUCUAUAAAACAGGGAUAAUGCCAGAAGCUCACAGAGUUGUGAAGAGGAUAAGUGAGCUAGUCUAAGUGCCUAGGACGUAGUAUGUUUAUAUCUGAAAUGCUGUAAUUAUUCCUUCCUGUUCUCUUAUCCUGGCAUCUCUCCCACCCCUUAAUUACUGUAGUUCCUCAAGAGUCCACUGCCUUUCCUGUAAGCUGACCACCGCAAAGUUCUUAUCUCCAGCCCUGACUUCUGUCAUCCCUGUGCUUCUUUAUGCAAAUAACCGUUUACUUGUCUGGCUCCUACUACUAGGCUGUGAGCUCCUUGAGGGCCAGGGCUGUGAUUUAGUUGUCUUUCCCCACCACCAAGAUCAGUGCUUGGUGCAUGAUAGUAGGCUUUCAAUAAAUGUUUUCUAAAUGAAGGAAAUUUUUCUGGAUAGUGCUACCUUCACCCCAUGCCAAGC